UCACCCUUGCACAGCACAACACAACACAACGCGCCGUUGACUGACUUUGCUCGCGUCGCCGCCUCGUCUUGAGUCGAGUCAUCUCGCUUCCCUCGUCUCGAUCCAGAUCCCGUGUUCCCGCGGGUUCAUUCGUUUAUAUAUAAUCUUCAAAAAAAAGCCCUGCAGCUCAAGCUUCAUCCCGCGUCCCGCCAGCAAUUUCAGAUUUUCAGCUCCUCUGGUUCUUCACUUCUUCAGUCUCUUUCUCGAGCUUGGAUCCCUCAAGUGUUCUCCAGGUACAGGCGUACAGCUACUUCAAUCGUCAGAAAUGGCCACUGAUGCCAGUGGAGGUGGUAAGCCUAGUCUUCUGAGUACUUUACCGAAGCAACUACCAGCGGAUUUUCUGAAAGAAAUUACGAACGGGUUCCAUGCUGACCGAAAACUGGGUCAAGGUGCAUUUGGAACUGUUUACAAGGGGUUUCUGCAAGAUGGGCAACCCAUUGCUGUGAAGAAGCUCUCAGAUAAUUCCCCAGUGGCAACUGACAAACAGUUCAAGAACGAGGUUGGGAACCUUAUGGCCAUCCAGCAUGAGAAUAUAGUGAGGUUGUAUGGCUACUGUCAUGAAGCACAGAAGAAAGUGAUAGAGCACAAUGGAAGGUACAUUCUUGUGGAUGUGGUUGAGAGCAUGCUCUGCUACGAAUACGCGCCCAAGGGAAACCUCGACAAGUGUAUUUUUGAUAUGUCUUCUAGGCCUAAUUGGGCGACAUGCUUCAAAAUAAUCAAGGGCAUCUGCCAGGGUUUAUAUUUCCUACACAAGGGAAUGGACAGGCCUAUUGUUCAUCUGGACCUUCAGCCUGCCAACAUAUUGUUGGAUGAUAACAUGGUACCUAAAAUUGCAGACUUUGGCCUGUCAAGACUCUUUGGUGAAGAACAAACCCGAAUAAAUACAAUAAAUGUUGUGGGAGCAAAAGGGUAUAUGGCUCCAGAAUAUCUGUACAGAGGAGAAAUCUCAACCCGGUCUGACAUAUACAGCUUAGGCGUACUAAUCAUGGAGAUCGCAACUGGACAGAAGAACUCUAUGAAUGACAAAGACAUGUCUGGAAGGGACUUUGUAGAUCAGGUUCGUCAAACAUGGACAGAUGAGCACAUAGCAUCCAAGUACUCAUCACUGGACGCAGACAGCCUCCAGCAAGUAAAAACAUGCAUUGAAACUGGGCUAAAAUGUGUGGAUAUUGAUCAGAAGAAGAGACCUUCUAUAGUUGAAAUUGUUGAGAAGCUCGAUGGAAGGCAUGCUCGCUGAAUGGUGAAGUAGUGUAUGUUGUGCAAUGUAAAAUUGUGGUGCAUAGCAUAGUUCACCCAUGCUGAUACACUCAAGAUGCAAUCAUGCGCACAAUAAUUGUAUCACUUACUAAUUUAUGUAAUAUGUUGCUUGUGGGUUAGCAAUUAGUACUCCCUCCACUCAGUUUUAUGUGUCGCUUCAGCUGUGAACAAUAUGACAUUAUAAUGUCACAUAACCCUGAGCUCAGUGUUCAUUUUAUGACUUUACUUUCAAUUAUGUAUAAUCUUA